GGCUUAUAGGACCUGGGAGUCUGGGUGCAUGGUCCUUUCCUUUCUCUAAGGCCCAACAGUCUGGGUCCUCUGUGUCUUUAUCCUCUAAGAAGUGAAAACCCAGAGCUGUGCUCAUGGAGCCCUGCCGGUCCCUGGCCCUGCUUGCUGGCUGCCUGGGCCUGACUUCUUCUCUGAUUGCUUUGAGCACUGACUACUGGAUAGUGGCCACAAACUCCAAAUUUUCUGCCCACUCCGGCCUCUGGCCAAAGAGCCAAGGGAUCCAAGUAGCAGAUUAUAUCCACGUGACACAGAGCCUCUACAUCCUGGCCGCCCUGUGGGGCCUGGUGUCCGUGGGCCUCCUGGUUCUAUCCUGCAUCCCAGCUCUGUCCACCCCAGGCCGUGGCCCUCUGGUCUCAACUGUCAUGGCUUUCACUGCAGCUCUCUUCAUAAUAGUGGCCACGGCGGUGUACACCAGUAAGCGAUGGAGCCAGACACCAUCCCCGCAGGUCCAGAUAUUCUUCUCCUGGUCCUUUUACCUCGGCUGGGCCUCCUCCAUCUUCUUCCUCUGUGCAGGUUGCCUAAGCCUGGGUGCUCACUGUAGAACCCGUCGGGCUGAGUAUGAAACCUUGUGAACGGGAGCCAAGGAUAGCAGAGGCAGCAGGGUGUUUGGAGCCCUGUCCUCUCAGGAGCCACAAGAGAAAUGCAGAAUUGUGUCUCUACACCCCCACCCCUCCAGCCUUGCCUUACCCUUCAUUGGUUUCUUCAUAUGCUCAAUAAAAACCUGCUGAGAUCUAA